AAACCUACAACCUAAAUUCAAAAUCCUAGUCCGAAAGGAAGAGAUAAAGGAGGAUGUUGUUGCCAGUUUUUUUUUUUUUUUUCUGGGUAGGAGAAGAAAAGAAGUGAAAAGGAAGGCAGCUGGGGUGAGUUGGGGAAUAAUUGCUUCUGGCAAGUUUGAGCACAUAAAUGGUUGGAUGGUCCAACAAAUUUUUCUUUAAACCCUCAAAACGAUUUAUGAUAGGGAAUCCAUCAAUCCACCCUUAUCUAUCAUGCCAUUUGGGGGUAGAAAGCAACAUUAGAGAGAAAUCGUGGAGAGUUGCAACACUUUACUCAAUCCCAUCUCACACCAGCAUUUAAUUUAAAUCGCGCGACUCAUAUUUUCAAUUUCGAUAAAUCUCUGUAGGAUCAUGAUAAUAACCGCCUCUUCCAUUGAUAAUGACUUUGACCAGCUUCUUUCGCUGGUGUUAAAGACAUAAAUCAUUACAUUCUUGAACCGUUUUAUUUCAUCUCUUUCAGUUUCGCAAUACGCUAGUGAUUUUAUCGAAUUUUAUGUAGACUAGAAAAUAAUAGUAGUAGUGUAAUAUUCUUGAGUUUUUUUUUUUUAGUAUUUACUUGUUUCCGGUGGGGAAAAAUCCUAAUUUUGGCUUUUAACUAUGGAAAAAACUCAAAACCUAUAAUUGGAAUACUGGAUGCAUAAGAAAGGAAUUCGUGGUGUGUACACCAUCAUAUUCAUAGUCCAUACUGACAUAAUUACUAGUUUGCUACCCUCUCCCAACAAGGUUGUCAAAUUGGUUUAUACCAGUGUGCCGGUUUACCAAGUGGAAUGGUUCGACCGGUGGUACAUACCGGUUCGUGCCGGUUCAUACCGGUUAAUAUUACAAAUAAUUUACAAAUACUUAUAUUUAAACACGACAUUUAACGUAAAUACCUAAAUAUUUGUACUUGAAUCCAACAAAUAACAUCAACAUUUAACUUUUUAACACAUAAAACAAAUAAUAAACUACUUUUUAUCAAUUAAAUUCACUAAGAUAAGAUAAUUUUAUUUGGAGAUUCGUAUAUCGAUCGUGCCGGUCAUACCAGUAGUGUCAUACCGGUUUUAUAACCAACACAGGUUAAAUCAGGUUCAACCAGUGGCACGCCGGUCGGCGUGACAACCAUGCUCCCAACAAAUCGGGGCCACGAAUUAUACCCGAUUGUCUGGCCCACCCGCCCCACUAAUCUUUCUUUCUUUUCCUACCCGGUUCCUUUUCUCGAGGAAUCGAAUAUCCGAAUAUUUGCCUUUUUCCGGUUUUCCUACGCCCGCUUCCUUUCUCUUUUGUUUUUGUUUGAAAAGCCGCUUCCUUCCCUGUUUCCACUCCCUCCCUUUAUUCCUCUUUUAACGACCCGUCCCCAAUUCCGCGUGGGCCCCCGGCCCAACUCCUCACGUCACCCCCCGAAAACCCGUUUAACGCCCUCUUCCGGCCCUCCUGAUCUCCAAUCUAUAAAUUGACCUCCAAUUCACUUCGCUUUGCCGUUUGAAACUCAAACAACGCUCCAAACAAAUCCUUCUCUUUCCUUUCUCUCCCCUCUCUCUCUCCACUUUCUUCCUUCCCUCCCUCCUCUGUCUCUAGAAGCCUCCUUACCUCAAAAAAGCCAUGGUGAGUGAGUCGAGGAAGAAUGGCGCGGCGGCGGAGACUGUCAAGUUCCUCUGUAGCUACGGCGGGAAGAUAGCUCCUCGUUACGGCGACGGCAAGCUCCGCUACGUCGGCGGUCUCACCAGAGUCCUCGCCGUGCAUCGCUCCGUGUCUUCCGCUGAGCUGAUGGUCAAGCUGGGGGAAUUCUGUGGCCAGUCCGUGGAAUUGAGGUGCCAAUUGCCCGGCGGAGAUCUGGAGACUCUGGUUCUGAUCAAGUCCGACGAGGAGUUGGCGAGCCUCGUCGAGGAGUACGACAGGUGCUGUCCCGGUUCCAAGAUUAGGGCGGUCCUAUCGCCGCCGAAAUCGCUCAAAACCGUCUCCCCGCCGUCGAGUGGGGAUUCGUCUCCUCUCGCGCCGGACUACUACUACCGCCAAUCGCGUUGCGGCUGCCACACUCCGCCGAUUGGUUUCCGCAGCGGAGUUCGUGGAAAUUACAGUCCCCGCUUUCCAAUCGGACAACGCAGAAUCAUGCCCGCUGCGGCAGGGUUCGGCAUUAGAACGAGAACUUGAUGAUUGACUUGGAAUGAAACAAAAUUAGUCAAAUUAGGUUAUACAAGUUUGGAUACGAGAUGAGAUGAUGAUGAUGAUGACGACGAAAUUUGUGAAAGUUUGGAUUCGUCUGUGUGUCGUGUGAUUGAUUCGUCUGUCGAACUUUCGGAAAUUUUCCAUUUCUUAUCAUCGCCGGUUUCGUCGAAUUCUCGACUUCCGGUACCUUGACACGACGGCGAAUUUGAUACUACCGUUAGGUUUCCGUCGCCGCCGCAGCUGACAGGCUGCCCGUUCCCGUUGUGUGGUAAGCAGUCAUUCACGUUUGUGGUGACGGGUCCCGCUGUUUCAGGACAUGGCGGAGGUGCCGUGCUUUUUUGGCGGUUUCUGAGCGUUUGACACGUAUGGGAUGGAACGCUGCGUCCAUUCCUUCUCUUGACACGUAUCGAGCGCCCGUGUCGACUAUUCUUUCAUUUGUUGGCCGUUUGAUUUUUAUUUUUAUUUAUUUAUGUGGAUUCUUUAAUUCGUUUUUUUUUUUUUUUGUGGAUUCUUUAAUUCGUUGAUUAUUCGUAACGUUUUAAACUCUUUUUGACAAAAUAUGAUUGCAGGUGAGUGGAAGGUGGAAGAGGCCAGCUAAUGCGGGGGGAAUCAGAAUCAAAGUGCGUAAUCAUGGUCUAGUUGCGGAGAAGGCUUCAAUUUCAAUAUUUAAGUCGCCUGAUGGCUGGCUGGACUGGUUCACAAAAAUAUUAAUUACCAAAAGUGACCGGGAUAUCAAAUUCUGGUCACUUGGUCUCCUUGGACUUUAUCAUUGAACGUUCAACAUUUGACAAAUUGAAUUAAAACAUGAGGUAUAUUGUACUCUAAUUGAACUAAUAGUUACAACUUACAUCUAUUUUGUAGUAUUUUAGCAAACUACAACUAUUGAAUAUCAUCUUUUGUUAAAUUGAUUUUGAAAUUUGGAGUUUAUUUAGUAGUAGAGGUUAGAGUAUAAUAUUGUAUUAUAAACUCGAUUUAUUUCAUGGUUGAGAUACUAGUACCUUAUUAAGUAUCAUAUGUUUGUCACUUUACUUGGAUACUUCGAUCAUUAGUCUUCAAUUGCUAGUAUAAAUUAAUUAUGAAAAGUAUUUCAAUAGCUAGUAAAAUAUUUGUUUUAUUUUUGACAUAAUUAUUUAUUUAUUAUUAUUAAUCUAAAUAGAUCAUACAUUAGAGGUGAAUUCAAAAUACUCUUGAUAACACACUAAAAAAAAUGAUUGAAAACAACAUAUUGAAUGAUACGUCAAACUUUAAAGAUUACGGGUCAGGUACAUGGUUGGUAGUUUGGUACCAGUAUUUGGUAUAUAUCGAAUACUGAUUGAUAUUUGGUAUUACUCAAUACAUUGUAUUUUAUGGGAUUAGGAUUGAAUUUCAAGUUCUAUUUGAUAUUUGAGAUUACAGAAUUGGAAUCGAUAUAUACCUAAAAUCGUUCAAUGUCAAAAUAUAAGCUACUGUAUAUUUUACUCACUCCCUCCAACUAGGCUCCAACACUCAUUAGUCAUUGCUACCAGACCUUCGGCCGUCAAAAUAACCACUUAAUUAUAUUUAUACAUAACUCAUUCCCACACUAUUUGACGACCGAUACCAACCUCAUUUCAUUAUUAAUAGUAUGUUUAUGGGUUGCUUAAUUGUCCCAUGUUUAAGUUUAUUGUUUUAGUUUGUUAACAUGUUUUUUACAAACCACAUUUUCCUAGCUUGUUGUUAGUAUACUUGAUAUUUUCCCCAUUUAUUUUGCAUGAGUGUUGCACCAUUGUUUGCUUUUAUAUAUUUUAAGAAGAUUUGUAAACCUAAUGGCAGAUGAGAACUAUUUGCUCUUAUAAAUUUGUUUGAUAAUUUUGAAGGAAAUUCAUUUAUUAUUUGGUAUAUACCUAUACAGAAAAUAAUUUGGGAUUGCGAUA